UAUAUAUUGUUAUUGUAUUAUGCUAUUAAGAAUAAUAAAUAAUAAUGUUGCCCGAUGUUGCGCAUAAAUCGCGGUUUACACUUGGUCAAUUAAUCUUUAAGUAUUCAUUAUAGCAUUCACGUGCAACGAACAUGAUACACUCAUACGUAUAAUGAAAAUAUGUGUCAUGUUCACAAUAAGCUAAUUAUAGUGCUACUGUUGGAGGAAUGAUGAAGUCAUUACAGCGCUGCUGUUGGAGCACGCGUGUAGUAGCUGAUCUCGCCUUGGAUGAGAAGCGUUCAGUCAGUUGAAAGAUACGCGACGUGUUUGUCUGGCUAAUCGGAAAUAUACCGAGUCAGUACGAUAUCAAUUUUUCGUAAACAUUUUAUUGUUAAAGUUAUUUUUAGAUUGCACAGAAAUUCUGCCAACAAUUCACAAAAUUAGUAUACAAUCAAAUACGUACGUUUUAACACGAUAUUAAUUGUACAAUAAAAUUUGGAAAUUGUUUCGUCGAUUUCAAGAAAAACUGACUACAAUCAGCAACCAGCAGUUUCUUUAUCACAUAAUCAAUAUCGAAAGUAUAAUAUAUUCAUAAUGGAAACUUCAACCUUGCUUCUGACUAUCCUCACUGCAGGUAUUUGUCUAUACUACUUUGUUCUAAGCAAGUUAUUUCACUACAAGCGGCUGAAGAUUCCACAUACCCGACCGAUUCCGUUAUUGGGCAACAUGGCAUCGCUAAUUUUCCAACGUGAAUCUGCACCACACAGUUUGAGAAAUAUGUACAAUCAAUUCUGUGAUGCAAAAUAUUAUUGUUUCUACGAAUUUACGACGCCAACUUACAUAAUCCGUGAUCCGGAUCUUAUCAAUAUGAUCGCCAUUAAAAAUUUCGACAGCUUUUGCGAUCGUCGUAACGUCGUGAAUGAAGACAUCGAACCGAUGGCCGGUAGGAAUCUACUCGGCAUGCGGGGCGAUCACUGGCGCGAGAUGCGAAAGCUCCUUAGUCCUAGUUUCACGUCCAGUAAAAUGAAAAUGAUGUUUGAAUUGAUGUGUCACUGCGCUAAAAAUUUUAUUGAUUUUCUAACGAUUGAAUCUGGUAAGACCGGCAAAACGUACGACAUGCUGGACAUACUGUCAAGAUAUGCCAAUGACGUGGUUGCCACGUGCGCUUUCGGUAUCAAUGUGGACUCGUUCAAGUAUCCAAAUAAUGAUUUCUUUUUGCUCGGCAAGGAAGUUAUAAACUUUAAUAGCCCUCGCAUGCUUUUUGCAUUUCUCAUGCAUAGAAACUUUCCAAAAAUUGCAAAGUUAUUUAAACUGAGAAUGUUUAGCGCAAAGGUGGAUAAAUUCUUCAAGGGCGUUGUCACUAGCACAGUGAAGGCUAGAGACGAACAGGGGAUUGUUCGACCAGACAUGAUUCAAUUAAUGAUGGAGACUAGAAACAAGAACCAUGGCGCUACGUUCGAUAUCAACGAGAUGACAGCUCAGGCAUUCAUCUUUUUUUCGGCUGGAUUUGAGACUGUGACAAAAACUAUGUGUUUUAUGGCACACGAAAUUACCGUCAAUCCUGAUGUACAGAGGAAGUUGAGAGAGGAGAUCGACGAUGUUCUCAAGGUGACCAACGGCAAACCUACAUACGAGGCAAUCAACGGCAUGAAGUAUUUAGAUGCCGUUGUGAACGAAACUCUGAGAUUUUAUCCUCCAUCAUUUUCCACCGAUAGAAUUUGCGUCAAAGAAUUCGUAUUGCCACCGGCGACUCCAGAUAGCGAACCGUUAACCCUUAAACCGGGAGAUAAUGUUUGGUUUCCUAUUUACGCUCUGCAUCAUGAUUCUAAGUAUUAUCCUGAGCCAGAAAAGUUCGAUCCAGAUAGGUUUCUAAAUGGCAAAGUGGAUAAUUCGGUUUACAUUCCAUUCGGUAUCGGGCCUAGGCUCUGUAUAGGCAACAGAUUUGCUCUAAUGGAAGCAAAAAUUAUGCUGUUUCAUUUAUUAUGGCAUUGUGAUCUGGAACUAGACAUUAAAACCAGAAAUCCUCUCGUUUUUGAUAAAAAAACAAUGGUCAUGAUGGUGGAAGGUGGUUUCUGGUUAAAAUUGCGAAUGAGGAAAUCGUUGAUUCCUGUCGUGUAAUUCUUGACAAAUGGAUAUAGAAUUUAGAACACGUAUAUGUAAUAAUAUUUACUUUAAAAAGGGUUAUAGAAUUAUAUUUAAAAUAGUCUCUACAAAUUAUUAAUUAUUUAAGAUGCCAUAAAAAUGGAUAUGGUGUAUAUGAUAAUGGCAUACCAUGCAAGGCAAUAAGUGGUUUUUUAAAUAAAAUUAGUUUAGUUUUUAAUGUUGCAAUUAUCAGGAUUAUCACGUAAAGCAGUAGAUUCAAUAAAAAUUUUGUUAGUUUCUGUCGCAAUUAACAAUAUUUACGAGCCAUUAUUAAAUCAAUGCUUCUGUCUUCGUAAAAAAUACCUCAACAAACUAUAACUAUCUUUUUUCCGCGUAAAACAAAAAAGCUUCUUUACAUUUGAAUGUUUAAAUUCAGCCUUUUUUUUAUAAAUUUUUAAAAUU